AGGAACGGCCGCCGCUCCCGGCUUCUUCCGCGUCCGAGCCGCCGCCAUUCGCCGCCCGCCGCCGCCGGCCCGGCACGGCCCCGCCUCCGGGCGGGCACGGGGCUGCGAACUACAGCUCCCGGCAGCCUCUGCGCUCCCGCCGCUGCGGCUUCCGGCCGGCGCCGGGAUGGCGCGGUGCUGAAAGGCGGGGGGCGCGCGGCGGCGCGCGUGGGCCUCCCAGCGCCAUGUACAGAAAGCACCUCCAGGAGAUCCCGUCCUCUAGCGCUAAUGUUUCCACCAGCUUGGAAUGGGACCCCGGCAAGACCUCGGAGCUUCUCUCGGGUAUGGGAGUGUCAGCCCUUAAAAAAGACAAGCUGGGCAAUGAAAACACACCACAGGACCUGCUGGUGUCGUCGUCCUGUCUUCCUCCAAAACGGCAGAAGGUGAAGGACAACGAAAAGGACUUUGUUAUCGUGCGCCGGCCGUGGCUGCUCCGAGAGGCAGAGUCAGGUAUUUAUUUGGAUGCACUUCCAGAUGAAUUGCUUCUGGCAAUCUUUGCCUAUUUGCCCCUAAAAGAUUUACUGAAAGUUUCUGUGAUUUGCAAGAGAUGGCAUCGACUUUCAUUUGAUGAAUCUCUGUGGCAGACUCUUGAUUUGACUGGUGGGAAUCUGCUGCCAGGAGUGCUUGGACAGUUGUUGCCUGCAGGUGUUACUGUGUUCCGCUGCCCGAGAUCUUGCAUUGGGGAUCCGUUGUUUAAAACAAGCAAUCUUCUUAAAAUUCAGCACCUGGAUUUGUCAAACUGCACAGUAUCUGCUGCAGAUCUCCACAGUAUUCUUUGUCUGUGUACAAAGCUGCAGAACCUCAGCUUGGAGGGUCUAGUGCUUUCUGACAACAUCAUCAAGAGCAUUGCUAGAAAUCCCAAUUUGAUACGACUAAAUCUCUGUGGGUGCUCAGGGUUUUCCGCAGAAGCCUUGGAGCUGAUGUUGAACAGCUGUUCUAUGCUGGAGGAGCUGAACUUGUCCUGGUGUGAAUUCACAGCCACUCAUGUCAAAGCAGCAGUCAAUAACGUUACUUCAAAGAUCACCCAGUUAAAUUUAAGUGGCUACAGAGAGAAUCUACAAAUAGCAGAUGUGAAAACGCUGGUGGAGAGAUGUCCUUUGCUUGUCCAUUUAGAUCUCAGUGACAGCAUGAUGUUAAAGCCUGAGUGCUUCCAGUAUUUUAAACAACUUGUGUUCCUACAACACUUGUGCCUUAGCCGAUGUUACCAGAUAUCACCUGCUGCCUUAGUAGAGCUUGGUGAAAUUCGAACACUGAAGACUCUUCAGGUAUUUGGAAUAGUGACUGAUAGCUCCCUGCAACUCCUUGAGGAAGCACUACCCGACAUGAAGAUUAAUGGUUCACACUUUACCAGCAUUGCAAGGCCAACUGUUGGCAAUAAAAAGAGCCAUGAGAUUUGGGGCAUCAAAUGCAGAUUGACACUGAGAAAUCCUAGUUUCUUGUGAUCAUGUACAAUGCAUUUGAUGCCAUGGACACACUGUGCAUUGAAGCUCCUUAGGGAAAAAAAGUGCUGGAGCACCUUUUAUCAUAGUACUGUUACUGUCUAACUUGGUUUUACACCCUAAUGUUUCAUAAUAUUUUAUAUCAGUUUUUUGUACUUAAAGCCUUUAGAAAUUUGAUGAUCUGUGAGUAAUUACAGAAUAUUUCUUUCAGUCUUUUUUUUUUACAGGGGAUCUUUGAAAAAAAUAUGAAACAAAUCACCGCCAAGUGAUUUGAUAAGUAGAAAUGAAUUACUUACAUUGAUAAGUAAUGUCAGCCUCUAGCAACUGUCUGCAGCUUCUGGAACAGCUUGCAGAGGUGCCAGAUAUCUUUGUAAGGUUUAUUAAGGAGUUUGCGGAAUUCCAAAUGAAUACUUCUAUAUUAAAUCUAUUCAACUACGUAACUGAAGAGUAGGUACUGCAGGAUGAAUGAAUCAAGCUUGAAAACAGUAAAUUGGGGAUAUCUACACAGAAGCAGCUAAGAGCUCAAUACCUUACAAAUUAAGUAGCAUAAAGGAGCUGUAGUGAAGUUUUUAUUUAGGAGGCCACAAAGGAAACUUUUGUCUUUAGUAGCCUUCAUUUUUAGCCAAAUACAGUCUGAGAAGCCCGUUCAAAAUUAGCAUCUGUGAAAAUAGAUGCUGGUUAUCCAUUAUUUCAUGUUGUGGUCCUGGGUUUUCUGAUUACACUUUCCAGAAACUUAAUGUAGCUUCUGUGAGCCUGAUUGUAGAUAAAACUUUCUCUAAGAUCUUUCAAGUGCAACUGAUACAUUGGUAGAAUUUUUGCAGGAAGAGGCUCAAGGAGUUCUAGAUAUGACCAAAAACCAGAACCUGGGACUACUGUGUAAGAAUGCUAAAAGGGAGAGAUGCUUUGGUGCUAUCAAGAGACAUACAUUUCUUUUUUUAUAUUAGUUUGUUUGUAGUAGCACUUGUAUUUGUAUCACUAACCACUAUUGUUUAGUGUUGAUUUUUUUUUAAAAGUCAUAGGAGAAGCUGAGUAAAUGUCCAAAAAGAAAAAAAAAAAAAACCAAAUAAAGGAUAUGGAUAGGUAAUGACUUAAAAUAAACCUUUCAUUUGCAUCUGUUAUCAGGGUCCUUCCUCAUGCAUAAGCCUAAGCUGUUCCAGCAGGUGUUUUAGCUGGUAAUUCCUAGGGCAAAACUUGGACCCUCUGUAGGACAUAAAUAUGCUGCUGUUUUUCCCAUGAAUGCAGUAAGCAAGCAGCUGAAUUUAUUCAUGGAUGUUUUUAUAAGUAGCCAACAUAUUACUCUAGGCCUUUGCAUAGAUACAGCUUUUCCCACUGCAGUCUUGAGGAAAAGCAUUCAGGAAUGAAUACCCGGUAGUGCAGAACAGAUUACUUACUGUGGAAAGAUUGUAUGAGUUUGAUAUUUAACUUUACUUUCUAGAGUUUAGUAAAUAAAGCAUUAUCUGUUUAACUGAAGCUGGUUUGGUUUUUAUUAAAUUUAACAGUAUAAGUAACAGGUGUUAAUAAUGGGCUUGUAUCCCUUACGAAGGACUAAAUGGACAACAUGCCUUGUGGGAGUUGGAGGAGUCACAGGAAGUUGGAGGAUACAGAAUAUUCUACCACCUCAGUUUGCUGCCUUAGAAUUAUACCUUAAAUUUUUUCAAGAAAAAAAAUCUUUGCAGCACAGCAUUACUGUAAAUUCUUCUUAUGCACAAUGUAACUCCAUGAAACUUCUCUUGCA